AUGAAGACGGUGCUGCCCGAGUACUACCCGCACGUCUCGCACGCACUGCGCUUUGAUAUGUUUUGCUACAACUCGGACAUCUUUGUGCUCCUCUUUGCGUCCAGCGUGGUUCUGGACAUUCCGAGCGCGAUCAAAUUCACGCGCGAAGUGCAAGUGUACCUGGCCGAAUGCUCCAACAGCGCCAUGUCGAUCCAGCUCUUUGCUUUGAGUACGCGCCUCCUCUGGAUCAACUGCGGGUUUCUGAAAUUGCUCAAAUAUGUGGUCAACAUGGUCUCGACGGCCACGUACUCGGGUGAAAGUCGCAUCAUGGGGCUUUUGAAUUUCACCAGCGUCACGUCGCUCUAUCUGAGCGCGAUUCUACUCUUUUACGUUCCGCCGUUCAUCGAAUACAACAACAGCGUCCGCCAAGAUCUCAAGAAUUCACUGCAAGAUUUGGACGAUACGGCCGUCGACUAUUAUGAUAGCUUUUACAUUCGUGGCUUUACGACAAUAGCCGGCGGCUUGAUCUUAAACGUGCUACUUGUCGUUGGCCUCGACCAGCUCGUGAACCGGUCGUAUUGGAAGCUGAUGACCACCAACUCGCUCGCGCGUCAAGCCAUGUUCAACUCGACGUCGAUCCUCAUGGACUACAUCACCGACAUUGACCCCGGCCUCGACCAGCGCCAAGGCCGGUGA